UUCUCCUGUGAGAAUGGGCUAGGCCCGGGACGUCUUCAGAGCGCUCGGGUUUCAGGCCGGCGCCGUCCCGCCCGCCCCAGGGUGGCUGCCGGAAGCGCGGCCUGGCUUUCUGCCCCACAGAGCGCCUCCCACCAGUUUCCGAGGUGUGCAGGUGCGAAUAGUGGCACACGCGCGAAAACCCAACCAAAACACUAGAGCAGUGGGUGACGAGGCACGGCCCUCGGACUCCAGCCCCCGCCGCAGCCGCCGCCCCAGCCCGGCCCACGCGGCCUCUCGGAAAACGCGGCGAGCGGAACCAGCACGCGGAAGUGCCCGCUGCACUGAGCAUGCCCAGUCGUGGGGCCGACCGGAGGAGUUUUCUUUUCUUUUUUUCUUUCUUUUUUUCCUUUUUCUUCUUUUUUGGGUCUCAAGUAGGAGGUGUCCCUCCCGCCCCCACCCCAUCCCCCUAUCGCCCCCGCCCCAGGCAGCUGCCAUGGCAGAGGUCCCCGGCGCGUUGUUGUCCCAGGCGGGUUGGUAUCUUUCGGACGAAGGCAUUGAAGCUUGCACAAGUUCUCCUGACAAAGUCAAUAUAAAUGACAUCAUCCUUAUUGCUCUCAAUACAGAUUUGAGAACAAUUGGCAAGAAAUUCCUUCCCAGUGACAUCAGCAGUGGUGGAAAGGUAGAAAAGCUUGAAGGUCCAUGUGUUUUGCAAAUUCAAAAAAUUCGAAAUGUUGCUGCACCAAAGGAUAACGAAGAAUCUCAGGCUGCACCAAGGAUGCUGCGCUUGCAGAUGACGGAUGGUCAUAUAAGUUGCACAGCAGUAGAAUUUAGUUAUAUGUCAAAAAUAAGCCUGAACACACCACCUGGAACUAAAGUCAAGCUGUCAGGCAUUGUUGAUAUAAAAAAUGGAUUCCUGCUCUUGAAUGACUCUAACACCACAGUUCUUGGUGGUGAAGUGGAACACCUCAUUGAGAAAUGGGAGUUACAGAGAAGCUUAUCAAAACACAGUAGAAGCAACAUUGGAACUGAAGGUGGACCACCUCCUUUUGUGCCUUUUGGACAGAAGUGUGCAUCUCAUGUUCAAGUAGAUAGCAGAGAACUUGAUAGAAGAAAGACGUUACAAGUUACAAUGCCUGUCAAACCUACAAAUGAUAAUGAUGAAUUUGAAAAGCAAAGGACUGCUGCUAUUGCAGAAGUUGCAAAGAGCAAAGAAACCAAGACCUUUGGAGGAGCAGGGGGUGGUGCCAGAAGUAAUCUCAACAUGAAUGCUGUUGGUAACCGAGGUAGAGAAGUUUUACAGAAAGAAAAAUCAACCAGAUUGGAAGGGAAACAUGAAGGUGUCUAUAGAGAAUUGGUUGAUGAGAAAGCACUGAAGCACAUAACAGAAAUGGGUUUCAGUAAGGAUGCAUCGAGGCAAGCUCUUAUGGAUAAUGGCAACAACUUAGAAGCAGCAUUGAAUGUACUGCUUAACAACAAUAAACAGAAACCUGUUACAGGUCCACCUCCAAGAGGUAGAGGAAAAGGCAGGGGUCGAGUAAGAUCAGAAGAUGAAGAGGACCUAGCAAAUGCAAGGCCUUCAGCACCAAGCACAUUAUUUGAUUUCUUGGAGUCUAAAAUGGGAAAUUUAAGUGUGGAAGAACCUAAGUCACAGCCACAGCAGUUUCAUCAGGGACACCACAGAAUGUCAAAUAAUGAACAAAAUGGAGUAAAAGAUAAUCAACCAAGACAUCUUCCUCGUAAUGAUACCAGGCAGCCAAGAAAUGAAAAACCUCCUCGUUUUCAAAGAGACAUCCAAAAUUCAAAGUCAGUUUUGGAUGGCAGUGGAUUGCCUAGAAAUAGAGUUUCUGAAAGACCGAGUAUUUCUUCAGGAUCUGAAGUAUGGGCUGAGGAGAGAAUCAAAUGUGAUAGACCAUAUUCUAGAUAUGACAGAACUAAAGAUACUUCAUAUCCUCUAAGUUCUCAGCACAGUGAUGGUGCUUUUAACAAAAGAGAUAAUGCUAUGCAAAGCAGAUCAGGAAAAGGUCCAGCCUAUGCAGAAGCAAAAGAAAAUCCACUUCCUCAAGAAUUCACAGAUUAUAAUAAUCAAAAACGUGGGAAAAGAGAAAGCCAAACAGGUAAUCCUGAUCAUUUUUAUGACAGGAAAUCACGAACAAUAAAUAAUGAAGCUUUCAGUGGUGUAAAAAUUGAAAAACAUUUUCACGUAAAUACUGAUUACCAGAAUCCUGUCCGAAGUAAUAGUUUCAUUGGCAUUCCAAAUGGAGAGACAGAAAUGCCCCUGAAAGGGAGAAGAGUAGGACCGAUUAAGCCAGCAGGAUCUGUCGCAGCUAUGCCCUAUGAAGAUAAAAUAUUUUACAAUAGUGGGCCCAAAAGAAGAUCUGGGCCAAUUAAGCCAGAAAAAGUGCUGGAAUCAUCUAUUCCUAUGGAGUAUGCAAAAAUGUGGAAACCUGGAGAUGAAUGUUUUGCACUUUAUUGGGAAGACAACAAGUUUUACCGAGCAGAAGUUGAAGCUCUCCAUUCUUCCGGUAUGACUGCAGUUGUUAAAUUUAUUGAUUAUGGAAACUAUGAAGAGGUGCUAUUAAGCAGUAUCAAGCCCAUUCAGACAGAGGCAUGGGAAGAAGAAGGCACCUAUGACCAAACUCUUGAGUUCCGUAGAGGAGGUGAUGGCCAGCCAAGACGAUCUACUCGGCCAACCCAGCAGUUUUACCAACCUCCCCGGGCUCGAAACUAAUAUGAAAAGGGUCUCUGUGAAGAAAGGAGCUGUCAAAACCUCAUGGUCAAAACUUCUUGAUAGACCUUCAACUUUCCCUUCAGAGUAAAAUGCAGCCAUGGUGGAUAUUGUUAUUUGAAGAAACAAAAAGCAAAUUUUUAGGGAGGAAAAGGAUUUUUUCUUCUGCCAUCAAUAAAACUAUUGUGCUAUAUAUAUUAA